CCCUUCCUCUAGCGGGUUUCAUCUUUUUCCGCCCAAUCAAUCAUCAUAUUCCUAUUUCUAUUUCUAUUUCUAUUUCUGCCCCAAGGAGAGAGCGAAGGGGAGGGAGAUUAUCUUCGGAUCCAUCGGGGUGGAGAAAAAUGGCUACGGAGUCGUCGGAGGGAGAGGAAGAAGGGAAGCUGAUCGGGGGGCAGCUACAGCUGGUGGUAGACGACGACCUCCGCGAGAUGGCCAAGAAGGCCGCCUGGAGCGUCAGUUCUUGCAAGCCCGGAAAUGGCGUCUCCGCCCUCCGCGACGACAAUCUCGACACCUACUGGCAAUCUGACGGCGCGCAGCCUCAUCUGGUCAAUGUCCAAUUCCAGAAGAAAGUGAAGCUUCAAUUAGUGGUUCUGUACGUGGAUUUCAAACUUGACGAGAGCUACACGCCUAGUAAGAUCUCCAUUCGUGCUGGCGACGGAUUCCAUAAUUUGAAGGAGAUCAAAUCUGUGGAACUUGUCAAGCCUACUGGUUGGGUGUACAUAUCAUUAUCUGGAAAUGAUCCUCGGGAAACGUUCGUGAAUACUUUCAUGUUGCAAAUAGCCGUGUUGUCAAAUCAUCUUAAUGGAAGAGACACCCACGUGCGACAGAUUAAAGUUUAUGGGCCUCGACCGAACCCUAUUCCACACCAGCCCUUCCACUUCACAUCAAGGGAAUUCGUUACAUACUCUACCGUGAGAUGAGGAGUGAAAGAUGUCAGUUUUUGAGCCACAUUCUGCUGCACGAGACAGGUUGGGAUCACCCUAUUAUCCCUUUCUAUCAGAAGCAGCUUUCUUUGUUUCCUCAGUUUAUAGUUUGCUUGUUUUUCCAAUCCAUUGACCUAAAGCUGCCGAAAGUAUUGUAGGUCGUCCCCUGGGGCCCUGGGGAUGUUGGCUGAUGAAUCUUAGUUUGUUGUAAUUGUAUGUGUUCUUUAGGAUUUGGCUUUGUAUGGGAGAGAUUUAGUAAUGGAUUGAAAAUGAGUGUAAUGAAUGUAAAAUAUUUCUCCUAAUUUGAGACAAUCAAAGUGGAAAGCAAUGAAAAAUGUUUUCAUUUGUU